AUGACUUCUUCUUCAACUCAACAAAAUCUUUCUUUUGGUACUUAUCCAAUUAUGCAAUCAAAAGAAAAACAUGAAGACAUUAAAUUUAUUAAUAUACAAGAUAUUGGGGCAGAGUUGGAUGGAGAAGAGUUUUGGCUCAGAGCUCGUAUUCACGAUAGUAGAGGAAAAGGCAAAAAUUGUUUUAUUUGUUUACGUCAACGUAUUUAUAGUGUUCAAGGGGUUUUAUUUGUUGGGGGAGAAAUUACUAAAGAAUUUGUUAAAUUUGCUCAAAAUAUUUCGAAAGAAUCAUUAGUUGAUGUUUUUGGACAAAUUACAAAAACGCCUUCACCAGUCUCGAGUUGUACUCAAAGCGAUGUUGAAAUUAAAAUUCAAAAAUUAUUUAUUGUUUCUGCUUCUGAGCCAAGAUUGCCUUUACAAAUGGAUGAUGCUACUAGACCUGAUAUUGGAGAAGAAACUGGGGGGUUGGCUGUUGUUAAAUUGGAUACUCGAUUGGAUAAUAGAGUUCUUGACUUACGUACACCAACUAGCCAAGCUAUAUUUAAACUUCAAGCUGCUAUUUGUGAAGGAUUUCGUUUUAAUCUUAACAAAAGAGGAUUUAUUGAAAUACAUACUCCAAAAAUAAUUUCAGCUGCUAGUGAGGGAGGAGCUAAUGUUUUUGAGGUUAGCUACUUUAAAGGUUCUGCUUAUUUAGCCCAAUCACCACAACUUUACAAACAAAUGGCUAUUGCCGCAGAUUUUGAUAAAGUUUAUACAAUUGGGGCUGUUUUUAGAGCUGAAGAUAGUAAUACACACAGACAUAUGACUGAAUUUGUUGGUUUAGACUUGGAAAUGGCUUUUAAAUUUCAUUAUCAUGAGGUUAUCUUUAAUUAUGUUUUUGGAUUUUUUAAAUAG